CAGGCGGAAAUGGCCGCAUAACAAAAUUCUGUAUUAUUGUGUUGUCGGCGAUUUGACACUUGCAAGUGAAAAAUGCUAUACAUAGCCCCACUAUGUGACAAAGCGGCAUAAGACGACUGAUAUUAUUUGAUAAACAACCAUGUCGGUGGAGGAACUGGAACAGGAGCCUUUUAAUGCUCAUGAGUUUGUGGAAAGAUUGGCAUGGCGAACCAUGGGAACCAAGGGAAGAAGUAACCAUGACGACUUUGAUCCAAUGUUGCUUCAUGGUUCUUUUGAAAAGAUGAUUCGGGACUUGAAGGAAAAAAAUACACAGAUGGAGAAAAAAGUAGAAAAACUGGAAGAUGCGUGUAAGGAAGAAGAGAAAAGACACUGGCAAAGAGUGGCAGAUCUUCAGAAGCGUAACAAGGCAUCUUAUUCCCACUUUCAAGAACUAGAUGAGAGAAUCAACCUGGUGGCUACAAAGGUUGUCCACCUGGGAGACCAGCUGGAGGGUGUCAACACUCCCAGGGCCAGGGCCGUCGACGCCCAACGACUCAUGAACUUUUUUAAUGAGUUCCUUAACUAUGAUGAACCAAAGUCUUCAGUAUUUACUGACCCUUUUCAACUUCAAUUGGCUGCAGAAAUAAUCCAGAAGUUGUAUCAAAUAGCUUUGGAACUUCCAGUGGGAGAAAAAUUUGACAAUGCCAGAAAGAAAAUAUGGGAUCGAUACCUCCAUAUUGAGAAGGAAUUGAUCGCAGAAUUUUUGAUAGCCCAUCGUCAUGAGGACAGACGGAAAAUGAAACGAGUUGCCUUUGUCUUGUCUAACUUUAAAGGCUAUGGUGAAUGUAUUGAUGCCUUCAUAGAAGAAUCUCAGAAAGGGGCAUUCCAGAAACUGGAUCCAUUUGAUGAUGUUGUUCCACUGUGUACAAGAACUAGUGACCUCGUCACCAGUGUGUUUAGUAGUCCAGACACAGUGAUGGCUAAAUUUGUACAGACGAUCUACAACACCAAACUACAGACACACAUCGCAUCUAAACUGGAAUCCAAAGACGAUCCAGAGGAAUACCUAAUCACACUAUUUCAACUUUAUACAAGGACGGUGAAGUUAUCUGAAGAUUUGUCGAUAUUCAAGAUGGGAAACGACAGUCUGUUCCUGACCAAACUGACCAAGACAAUAUUCCAGAAGCACCUAGAGGCUUAUAUUAAUUUUGAAACAAAAUAUUUAAAGGAGCGUUGUUCAGCACAUUUGCAGCGGUACUAUGAUAGUAAAGAACACACCAAGAAACAGAUCCAGUCUGGAGGCCUGACAGAACUGAGAAGAGAUUUACAGGCAAGGAUUGGAACAAUGACCAAAACCAACAUCAACAUUGGUCCUGCUAUAGAGAACUUUGGUGGAGAGACGUUUUUAUCACAGGAAGUGACCAUCAGUCUACUUCAGGAGGCUAAGAAUGCCUUCAAACGCUGCCAAGUGUUGUCCAGCAGUUCGGACAUGUCUGGUAAUGCUGUCCAAAUCUUUGAGGUUUUGGUCCAGUACCUCGUAAUUGAACACAUAGACUAUGCUGUGGAACUUGGACUUCAAGCCAUUCCCCUGCCUGACCCCAAGUCUCAGCCAGAGGUGUACUUCUUUGAUGUGGUAGGCCAGGCCAACACACUCUUCCACCUGUUUGAGAAACAGUUCAUGGACAGUCUGGUUCCUCUAGUCAUUUCCUCCCCCAGACACAGUCAGUGUCUACAGAGAAAGAGGGAGUUACGAGAGCAGGUGGAGAACAAGAUAGACACUGGUCUGGACCGUUCUAAUGCUGCCAUUGCUGGCUGGGUCCGAAACAUUCUAGCUGCUGAGCAGAAGAAGUCUGACUUUAAGCCAGAGGAUGAUGAUGCCAUGCAAAUGGUGUCACCGGCUUGUCUAAAGGUUGUGAAUUUUAUGCGGACAAUAUCAGGAUCUAUACACAGCAGUUUGGACGGGAAGAAUGUUGAUGCAGUGUUCACUGAUUUGGGAAUAAGACUCCACCGAGUCAUCUUUGAUCAUCUCCAGGGAUUUGUCUACAACUCUCUUGGUGCCAUGUUGGUGAUAUGUGACGUGAAUGAGUACCGUAAAUGUGUAAAGGAUUUUAAGAUUCCAGUGGUGACGGAGCUGUUUGAGAAACUUCACGCUCUGUGUAACUUGUUAGUCGUGGUCCCAGAAAACCUCAAACAGGUGUGCAGUGGCGAACAGCUGGCUGGUAUAGACAAAACAGUGUUAUUAUCCUUGUAUCCAGUUAAGAACUGACUUUAAAUCUGCAAAACUUGCCAAUAUUUUGAAAUGAACCAGAUGAAUAUUCUAAAAAGCAAUAUGUACAAGAAGGAUACAACGUUAGCUGGAGAAGCUGAGUGUAGUGUGGAGGUGAUGUACAGUACUUGGUGUGACACAUUCAUUUCUGUUGUGGGAAAAUCUAUUGUAUAAUCAGUGCUUAACUCCCAUACAAAUGUCUAACAGUUACAGUAAGCACAUAAAAUAUACUGUUGGCUUUUGGUGAAAUUGCUUAUGUUAUGUCGUACAUUUCUCUAUUCAAAAGAUACUUUUGUGAUGUUGCUCUGAUGUUAUUAGAAAAUUUCUGAAACCAGAUAUACGAAGUUUGAUGAUGUACAAGACUACAGUAACAUUCCCACCUUCAUAUACUUCUGGAGACAGGUCUUGUUGGGUUUUACUUAAAACUGUGGAUGAGGAUAGCUCAUGAUAUUGUGAAAUGGACCAGAGGAUAACUCAUGAUAUUGUGAAAUGGACCAGAGCUAUUGAUCUCUUGGAUAGAAUGAGAUGACUGAUUUCCUCCCCAUACUAUAGGAGGACCAGAAUGAAUGGUCUCCUCACCUUAAUCGUAGGUAGACGAGAAUGAAUGGUCACCUCACCUUAAUGGUAGGUAGACCAGAAUAAAUGGUCACCUCACCUUAAUGGUAGGUAGACCAGAAUAAAUGGUCCCCUCACCUUAAUGGUAGGUAGACCGGAAUGAAUGGUCACCUCACCUUAAUGGUAGGUAGACCGGAAUGAAUGGUCACCUCACCUUAAUGGUAGGUAGACCAGAAUGAAUGGUCACCUCACCUUAAUGGUAGGUAGACCAGAAUGAAUGGUCACCUUACCUUAAUGGUAGGUUAGGUAGACCAGAAUGAAUGGUCACCUCACCUUAAUGGUAGGUAGACCAGAAUGAAUGGUCUCCUCACCUUAAUGGUAGGUAGACAGGAAUGAAUGGUCUCCUCACCUUAAUGGUAGGUAGACCAGAAUGAAUGGUCACCUCACCUUAAUGGUAGGUAGACCAGAAUGAAUGGUCACCUCACCUUAAUGGUAGGUAGACCAGAAUGAAUGGUCACCUCACCUUAAUGGUAGGUUAGAUAGACCAGAAUGAAUGGUCUGCUCACCUUAAUGGUAGGUAGACCAGAAUGAAUGGUUACCUCACCUUAAUGGUAGGUAGACAGGAAUGAAUGGUCUUCUCACCUUAAUGGUAGGUAAACAGGAAUGAAUGGUCUCCUCACCUUAAUGGUAGGUAGACCAGAAUGAAUGGUCUCCUCACCUUAAUGGUAGGUAGACCGGAAUGAAUGGUCUCCUCACCUUAAUGGUAGGUAGACCAGAAUGAAUGGUCUCCUCACCUUAACGGUAGGUAGACCAGAAUGAAUGGUCACCUCACUUUAAUGGUAGGUAGACCAGAAUGAAUGGUCUCCUCACCUUAAUGGUAGGUAGACCAGAAUGAAUGGUCACCUCACCUUAAUGGUAGGUUAGGUAGACCAGAAUGAAUGGUCUGCUCACCUUAAUGGUAGGUAGACCAGAAUGAAUGGUCACCUCACCUUAAUGGUAGGUAGACAGGAAUGAAUGGUCUUCUCACCUUAAUGGUAGGUAAACAGGAAUGAAUGGUCUCCUCACCUUAAUGGUAGGUAGACCAGAAUGAAUGGUCUGCUCACCUUAAUGGUAGGUAGACCAGAAUGAAUGGUCACCUCACCUUUACUGUAGGCAAACCAGAAUAGAGAGGAAUGAAUGGUCUUUCUUGUUUUACUGUAGGCAAACCAGAAUAGAGAGGAAUGAAUGGUCUUUCUCGCUUUACUGUAGGCAAACCAGAAUAAGAGAGGAUUGAAUGGUCUUUCUCGCUUUACUGUAGGCAAACCAGAAUAGAGAGGAUUGAAUGGUCUUUCUCGUUUUACUGUAGGCAAACCAGUACAAGUGGUCUCAUCAUCUUUUUAUGUACACAGACAAGAAUAACCGAACUGCUUACCUUCAAUGUCGAUAGAUCAGACCGACUGGUCUAACUUUUAUGUAAGUGACUAUAAACUUAAAAGUGAUCUUAAAAGUGAAAAAAUUUACUUUUUUAACCCAUGAAUAAAAUUGAAACCUUUAAUUUUUUCAUUUUUCUGAUAUUAAGGAAGAAAGUUUUUUUUUUAAGUUUUUUUUUUUUUCUGUAUUCAAUGAUCACACUACAUUGUGUGUAAAAAUCUUAAACAUGUGUCACCUUUAUAGACAUGUGUGGCUCGGUGACCUGGUAACCAUUGUCACAUGACCUUGGCUCGGUCAUCUGGUGACUAUGGUCACAUGACCUUAGAUGUUGAAUAGGUUGGUCAUUUGGUCAUCAGCAGUUACAUGUCUCUAGUAUAACACAGCUUUUGUGACUUUGAAUGCCUUGUGUGUGCCUAUGUCAGAAUUAUUUUAUCUGUUACUAUAUAUAGUAGCAGGUAAAACUGUCCUUGUGUUCUAAUGUGUCUGUAUGAAUCAGAACUAGAGAUGUCACCUUUUAUUGUGUAUCUACAUAUUUAUAACUACAUGAAAUGUAUUGUUAGUAUUAUAAUUUAUUUUAAUGCAUAAUUACUAUACAUUUUUAUUGUUGUUUAUUUUCCCCAGACUUACCAAAUAUGGUAUUCUCAAAUAAGACCCCUAGUUUAAAAGUUCAGUACAGUAUUCAUCAUAGAAUAAGCCCAAACAGACCGCCUCCUCUUGUUUAAAAAUUUAGUAUUAAAGUUUUGGGAGAUCUUAUUUGCUAACCACUUUUAGCCUACUUUUUUGAAAAUUGAUGAUUUUGCAAAAAUGAAUAAGGGGACUUAUUUGCAGAUAAAUACAGUAUUUCUUUAAAAACAAUCCCAUUACAUGUAAAACAGUAGGAUUGAAUGUAAAACUGAUGUUGACAAGUAUCUGUUGGGUCAACUUGGAAUAGUCAAUCCUUCACUAAAAAUGGUGUGAAAAGGUUUGAUCGAUAAUGAAAAUUUCAAAUGUGAAUUAGGGUAAGUAUACAACUAUGCAAGAGUUAUGUCCCCUCUGACGAAUUACCUUAUAUUUCAAUAGCUAUAGUGUGCAUUUUAUACCCCUGUCAUGAAGUAGCCAAGUUUUUUUAAGAGAAUUUAAUCAACCUUUUAAAGAAAUAAAUGUUAUCACUGUUCUGAAAGGUAUGAAAACCAUUUCUUCAUAAACCUAUGGUUUGGUACGCCUGCCAAUCCAUCAUCAUAUCAUAGUUUGCUCAAAUGCUGGGUACUUAAAACAGUAUUGUAUUAUACUUGAUUUCUAUGCUUCCCUUGACAUCAGAAGAGGUCGGGCCAUAUUUGGAAGUGUAUGGUGUUACUGACUUUACAUUGACCAUUUCUGUAUUGCUUCAUUGAUGCUGAAAAUAUUGGUGUGAUGUGCAGCUAUGGGUGCAUUCCUGAUACAAUUGUGCAAUAUUCAACCCACUAAUAAAUUACCGACUGAGGUCAUCUGGAGUUGU